GGCGGGGCGAGCGCGGGACAAAGGGAAGCGGAGCCGGAGCUGCGGCCGCCUUCUCGGCCCGCGGUGUCUCAGAUUCAUUCUUAAGGAACUGAGAACUUAAUCUUCCAAAAUGUCAAAAAGACCAUCUUAUGCCCCACCUCCCACCCCAGCUCCUGCAACACAAAUGCCCAGCACACCAGGGUUUGUGGGAUACAAUCCAUACAGUCAUCUCGCCUACAACAACUACAGGCUGGGAGGGAACCCGGGCACCAACAGCCGGGUCACGGCAUCCUCUGGUAUUACAAUUCCAAAACCCCCAAAGCCACCAGAUAAGCCGCUGAUGCCCUACAUGAGGUACAGCAGAAAGGUCUGGGACCAAGUAAAAGCUUCCAACCCCGACCUAAAGUUGUGGGAGAUUGGCAAGAUUAUUGGUGGCAUGUGGCGAGAUCUCACUGAUGAAGAGAAACAAGAAUAUUUAAACGAAUACGAAGCAGAAAAGAUAGAGUACAAUGAAUCUAUGAAGGCCUAUCACAAUUCCCCUGCAUACCUUGCCUACAUCAAUGCAAAAAGCCGUGCAGAAGCUGCAUUAGAAGAAGAAAGUCGACAGAGACAGUCUCGCAUGGAGAAAGGGGAACCUUACAUGAGCAUUCAACCUGCUGAAGACCCAGAUGAUUAUGACGAUGGCUUUUCAAUGAAGCAUACAGCCACUGCCCGUUUCCAGAGGAACCACCGCCUCAUCAGUGAGAUCCUCAGUGAGAGCGUGGUGCCAGAUGUUCGAUCAGUUGUCACAACAGCCAGAAUGCAGGUGCUCAAGCGACAGGUCCAGUCCUUAAUGGUACAUCAGAGAAAACUAGAAGCUGAGCUUCUUCAAAUAGAGGAACGACACCAGGAAAAGAAGAGGAAGUUCCUGGAAAGCACAGACUCCUUUAAUAAUGAGCUGAAAAGGUUGUGUGGUCUGAAGGUAGAAGUGGAUAUGGAGAAGAUUGCAGCUGAAAUUGCCCAGGCAGAGGAGCAGGCCCGCAAACGGCAGGAGGAGAGGGAGAAGGAAGCAGCAGAGCAGGCUGAGCGUGGUCAGGGUGGCAUGCCUCCUGAGGAAGAGCCAGCGGCCAGCAAAGCCGAGGAGAAGAAGGAUGAUGAGAGCAUUCCAAUGGAGACAGAGGAGACACGCCUCGAAGAAACAACGGAGAGCCAACAGAAUGGUGAAGAAGGCACAUCCACUCCUGAGGACAAGGAGAGCGGGCAGGAGGGGGUGGACAGCAUGGCCGAGGAAGGAACCAGCGAUAGCAACACUGGCUCCGAGAGUAACAGUGCGACAGUGGAGGAGCCGCCCACAGAUCCCAUACCAGAGGACGAGAAGAAGGAAUAGAUGUUGCCUUGUUUUAUGUGUCCUAAAUACUUUUUUAAAUGAAAAAAAUGUUUUUUGGUUUUAA